GUCACACUGGUUUGGUGGCUGUGUCCCUCGUGCGCGUGUUUUUUAUUUAAAUCCCGAUUUAUUAAUUAAAAACUAGCCAGGAUGUCGCUAAUUACACGACUGCUGACCGGGAACAAUGCCCUGCGAGUAAGAGCAUUGGAAACUCUUGGCAAAGCCGGCUACAGUUCGCAUGCCAAGUUCUCGGAGCAUAAACCGAUCGAGAAGAUCCGGAAUAUAGGAAUAUCGGCGCAUAUAGACAGCGGUAAGACGACACUGACGGAGCGGAUACUGUUCUACACGGGACGGAUUGCUGAGAUGCACGAGGUGCGUGGAAAGGACAAUGUAGGAGCCACUAUGGACAGCAUGGAGCUGGAGAGGCAGCGCGGCAUCACCAUCCAGUCGGCUGCCACCUACACCCUGUGGAAGGACACCAAUAUCAAUAUCAUUGAUACACCGGGACAUGUCGACUUCACCGUGGAAGUGGAGCGUGCUCUUCGUGUUCUGGACGGUGCUGUGCUGGUUCUUUGUGCCGUCGGUGGAGUUCAGAGCCAAACCUUGACCGUCAACCGGCAAAUGAAGCGAUACAAUGUCCCGUGUCUGGCCUUCAUCAACAAACUGGAUCGCCUGGGCUCGAAUCCCUACAGAGUCCUGUCCCAAAUGAGGUCCAAAAUGAACCACAAUGCUGCAUUUAUCCAGCUGCCCAUCGGUGUGGAGAGCAAUUGCAAAGGAAUUGUGGAUCUGGUUCGGGAACGUGCAAUAUAUUUCGAGGGCGAGCAUGGAAUGAAUGUGAGGCUGGAUGAAAUACCGCAGGAUAUGCGAGUGGAGAGCCAGGAAAGGAGGCAGGAACUCAUUGAACAUCUCUCCAAUGCCGAUGACACCUUUGGAGAAUUCUUCCUGGAGGAGAAACCCUUCACGGAGGAUGACAUGAAGGCUGCCUUGCGGCGAACCUGUAUCAAAAGGACCUUUACGCCAGUGUUGGUGGGAACUGCCCUUAAAAAUAAGGGCGUUCAGCCUCUCCUUGACGCUGUACUCGAUUACCUGCCCCAUCCCGGUGAAGUUGAGAAUCUGGGCUUCAUCGAAAAGGAGGGACAAGAAGCUGAGAAAAUAGUCUUGAACCCAGCUCGUGAUGGCAAAGACUCGUUUGUGGGCUUGGCCUUCAAACUGGAAGCUGGACGCUUUGGCCAACUGACCUACCUCAGGUGCUACCAGGGUGUGCUCCGGAAGGGUGACAACAUCUUCAAUGCCCGCACCAACAAGAAGGUUCGAAUCGCUCGUCUAGUCCGUCUUCACUCGAACCAAAUGGAGGAUGUGAACGAGGUUUAUGCCGGCGAUAUUUUCGCCCUUUUUGGAGUAGAUUGCGCCUCCGGUGACACCUUCACCACCAAUCCCAAGGACAACCUGGCUAUGGAAUCAAUUUUCGUACCCGAACCUGUAGUUUCAAUGGCCAUAAAACCGAACAACUCCAAGGAUAGAGAUAACUUCUCAAAGGCCAUAGCUAGAUUCACCAAAGAGGAUCCCACUUUCCAUUUCUUUUUCGACAACGAUGUCAAGGAAACCCUCGUCUCAGGAAUGGGUGAAUUGCAUUUAGAAAUCUAUGCCCAGCGUAUGGAGAGGGAAUACGGUUGCCCAGUGACGCUGGGUAAGCCUAAGGUGGCAUUUAGGGAGACACUGGUUGGGCCCUGCGAAUUCGAUUACCUGCAUAAAAAACAAUCUGGAGGUUCGGGUCAAUAUGCCAGGAUUAUUGGAGUCAUGGAACCACUGCCGCCCAAUCAAAAUACCCUCCUGGAAUUCGUCGACGAAACUGUGGGCACAAAUGUGCCAAAACAAUUUGUUCCUGGUGUUGAAAAGGGUUACCGCGAAAUGGCUGAGAAGGGAAUGCUGUCGGGUCACAAGCUAUCUGGCAUUCGGUUCCGCCUCCAGGAUGGUGGUCACCACAUUGUGGACUCCAGUGAAUUGGCCUUCAUGUUGGCCGCUCACGGUGCCAUCAAGGAAGUCUUCCAAAACGGCAGUUGGCAGAUCUUGGAACCCAUUAUGCUGGUGGAAGUCACCGCUCCUGAGGAAUUCCAGGGCGCUGUGAUGGGUCACUUGAGCAAGAGGCAUGGUAUUAUCACCGGAACGGAGGGAACCGAAGGCUGGUUCACAGUCUAUGCUGAGGUUCCUCUCAAUGAUAUGUUUGGCUAUGCCGGAGAGCUGAGAUCGAGUACCCAAGGCAAGGGAGAGUUCACCAUGGAGUAUUCUCGGUACUCGCCCUGCCUUCCCGAUAUCCAGGAACAGAUCGUCCGCCAAUACCAGGAAUCCCAAGGCUUGGCUCAGCCCGACAAGAAGAAAAAGAAGAACUAAAUCAAUAUUGUAUAGUUAUAGUUUUAAGCAAACUCACCCAGAGUUACCAUCUCUAUUUUUGCUUAGUUAAAUUUUAUUUAAUUUCAAAGUUCUUCAGUUUUUACUGUGAUAAAUGCGACUUAUACAGUUUUUGUAUAAUAAAGGAAGACGAAACAAGAAUUGAAA